CUGGGAAUGGAGAACUUCGAAGGAUUGUUCUGAAGGCUACAUGUGCAAAACAGAUUUUCAAAUUAAACCUGGGACAGUGGUGUCACAUCCGGGAACAUCUGCCCAUGUACAGACAUGUCUUCCCAUGGAGUGAGGAUGCCCUCUGAACGUUAGAGGACAUAUUCAUGAGCUGAAUUUCCAAAAACAAAUCCAGUGAUUUGACAGCCCUGCUCAAAAGACAGCAACUCAUCAUUUUAGAGGUUGCCACGCAUUGGAUGACAGAGUCUCGGAGGCUUUAGAGCUACCCCUGGAUGAUUUUGAAGUGACUGAGACCACAACGGGAAGCGAAGUGAUUAAAUAUGAGUAUCAUGUCUUAUACUCCUGUAGCUACCAAGUGCCUGUGCUUUACUUUAGGGCAAGCUUUUUAGGAUCUGCUGUGAUAUAGUAUCAACAAGUAUUUAUUGAAUGAACCAAUGAUGAGGAAUUUCUAACCAUUUCUGCAUACAACCCAAAGAUGGAAACAGUGUGAUGGGGCCUUAUUUGAACUGCUCUGAUGGAUUAUAAGGAAGAGAGUGAUGCUGUUGUCUCCAGGAAGCUCAGGACCCAAAACAUCUUUAUACUUUUACUCUCCAGUUUGAUACUUCUUAGAGACUACAGAAGUAGUUGACUAAGGAAAAUGGCAAGUCUUGAGUACUCAAAGGGUGGGCAUCCAAACUAGCUGAGCAGCUGCCCCACUUCUAUAAACACAUAUUUUUAUUCGAUCCUUGAAGGCGGAAACAGCCAAAUUGCCGCAGCAUUCUGCUGCUGAGUACCUCUCAUUCCUACUACUUGGACAUUUAGGAGCCCAGUUCUCUCGAGGGUAACAUGGAUUUAAAAAGAGAAAAAGUCCUUCCCAGUAUUCUUUUUUUUCCUAACUACUUUUACCAUUUGAAGUUUGGAAGAAGUAGUGGGACACACUUAAUACCAUUUGUUACCCAGCGGUGGGUAAGAGAUGGAAGACCUUUAGCUCUGAAGGACAUAUGGGAAGGAAUCCAUGAGUGUUAUAAGACACGGCUGCUGCAGGAGCCAUGGGACACCAUUACCCAACAGGAGCAUCCAAUACUUGGGCAACCCUUUUUUGUACUUCAUCCCUGCAAGACGAAUGAAUUCAUGACUCCUGUAUUAAAGAAUUCUCGAAAAAUCAAUAGGAUUUUCACUGACUUUGGACCAAAUACUUGCCAGGAAGAAUGUAAGAACAUAUAUUACUUUUUUAAAUCAGAAAUUCAGUAUGAAAAAGUGGACAGUUUUGACACUUUCAUCUCUCGAACAUCUUCAAAUAGAGAAGUGGUUAUAAACGAUCAGCUGAGUAAUGGAGAUAUGAAUCCAAUCCAGAAUUUCACAACAAUACCAAUCACACAGACUCUCAGCUACACUCCGAGCAGACAAGGACAUUUAGAAAAAGAACCUUGGAAUGCAUUCAGCCAUCAUAGCCCAAUCAAUGUCUCCAUGGAUGGAAUUCCCUGCAUUCUUUUCUGGGCCAAAGGAAUAACAGUAAAAUUUAAGAAUCAGACCUGGCUGGACCUUACAGAUGAAGCUUUUGGCCAGGCGGCAACAGUGGACAUUAGCAACUCAAAUUGCAGUGAAGAAAGUGCCAUUUUGUCUCUGAAGUUUGUUGAUGCUGAAAUUCCCAAAGGUCUUGAUAUAAGGUUCAUCCUUACCAGUUACAACAAGUUGUACCUCCAGAGCUGGUUUAGUCUACAGCGAGUCGAGAUUAUUUUCAAUAAUUCAAUCCAAGCAACUUUUAAUGCAACUGGCAUCUAUGCUCCGUCAAGUUAUUCCUACCACUGCCACCGUGUCAGCAGCCUGCCGCGGUAUGAUGCCCUCUUGUUGCCCAGCUACGCGGAUGACAUGGCAAACCUGUGGGAGGUCACUUUUGUUGAUUUCCAGAUCCAAGGCUUCACCAUCAAGAGGAGGCAGUUUGCCAAGCCCCGAGACUGUGCCUCCUCCUUCACACCAGCCAUUCUGAUUGGCCUGGCCAUGUCCCUGAUCCUGCUGCUGGUGUUGGCCUAUGCUCUGCACAUGCUCAUCUACCUGCGGUAUCUGGAGCGGCACUAUGAUUUCAUCACCUCUCCGGCCCACUUCCCCCAGUUGAAAGCUCAAGAUGCAGCAGAAGAGAAGGAGCUGCUGAGGAGCCAGGGAGUCGAGUGCUAUGAACUGAGAAGCCAACAGAUCUGCAAAAUUUAUGUGUAAUAGCGCAGGCCCCUCUUCCUCACGAAGUCCGCAGUGGGCUCUGAAAGGAGUUAUUUCUGUCUGUCCUCUUUGACUUCUGAUAUAAAGUGUUCACCUCAAGGCUUAAAAAAAAUACAUGCAAAAAAUACAUUUUGGAGCAUCCACUGGCCUACUUAGAGAGAUUUGAGGCAAUGAAAAAGUCCCAGGAACCCCACAGAGGUAAAUAUGAUUGUUGCCCUAAAACUACUUGGAAAGCAAAGGGAUAUUUCAAGUUAGGAAGACAGAAAAAACCAUUGAUGCCAUUAAGAGAGGGGAAAACAUAUUUGGUCCUCCUUGCUUGUGCCAGUUCAGAUGUGAUAAUAUAGAAACAAUAAUUCCAAGGUUAUCUGGAAGUUCAGAAUUUAAAAUAUUUUGUCAGUUUGCAUUUUUAGAAAUUAUAUCCCAGUUUUGUUUUAAAAAGUAGUCUUCUCUUUCCCGGAGCUAUUUAGGGAAGACACUUGUCAAUAUGAUAGAACAAUUUAUUCAAGGGCUUUCUUGUCAUUUACUUUGCUGUUCAGAGGCACCCCAGUUCAGUUUGUGAAAGAGGGUAACAGUCUUGUAGUUUCUUACCUUUUCCAUCUGGUUGUGGUGCCAAGGCUUGUUUCAUUUGUCUGAUUAGACAUCCAUUAACUCUCCUAGGUGCUACUUGAAAUAAGCAACUGAGCUAAGAACAGUGUGCUUGCUAUGCAAACACAGCUUCACGGCAAAUCUCCUAAACCCCCUUCCAGUGAGAUUGUGUCCCUUAAACUCUUCUUUAAUAGAAAUUCUGCAUCCACCACUGCUCUUCUUACAUAUGGAUUUCUGCAUAGUCUUUUCCAGUUCUUGACAGAUACUGAAGAUUGGCUUUCCCUGAAUUUUCACCAGAGCGUCUCUAAUAUGCCUUGUGUGUUAAAGAGAGCUUAUGUGUAAAAGUACAUUGUAUUUCCCUAACUAGGUUUCCACACAUGAACUAGGGUUCCAUACAUGACUUGCACAAAACUUAGAAAGCAGAUGGGAACAAUGUGGGGUAGAGGAUCAUGCAUAGAGAAAUUGAAUCUCUUGGGCAGCUGUGGUAAUAAGUUUACAGUCUAGUACCAACUUUGAUGCCAAGUGUGAAUGACAAUGAUUUGGGUUUCUGAUAAAACAGUCUUAUGUUGGACAUUUCUUUGGCUGCAUUACUCUUGGCUGUGAGUAUAGGUUUUGUUCCAGCCCUCUCAGAAUUCUGUAACCUCUUAAUACUCUGUAGUGAAUUUUUUUUUAAUACCUGGCGUAGAUUCUGUAUUCUGUAACUAAGAAUCUUGAUUCAUGUACCUAUUUGUACCAAAGAUGGUUAUAGGGAACACACCCUGAAGAAUUUGGGAAUCUAGUAUUGAUUUUUUGGCCCUGUUUAGCCUAAAACCAAGGAGGACUCUUAGCAUUAGAGAGUGGGAAACAGAUAGUUCACAUCAUUCCAUAAUGAAAUUUUCAUUGUGGUUGUUUUGAGUAUCCAUUGGUGGUAUCAGUGGUGGUCGUGGUAGGCUAUAGGUACUUGAAGGAUAAGCAUAACUUACGGUCCAACUGGGACACUUUUGAAAGAGAAAACGUCAUUUACAAUUCCAAGAUAACAGACAUAAGCAGAAGGAUGCCAAACUGGGAUAUAUAGUCAUCCUAGAUAUGGUAAGACCAUGCAGGUAUGGUGAUUGUCCUACAGGGUGAGACCCUGUAAGGUAAACUGGUUCUUUCUAACUGUGCUAGAGGGCUUACAGAAAGAAAAUAAUAGCUUAAGAUUUAAAAUUCACAGCUCAAGUCAUGGUAAAAAAUAAAACAAAAACAAAAACCCAGGGAGUUUCUGUGACUGAUCUAUAGCUCUUUUCAAGGAGCUGGCAUAGUUGCAAAUCAGACACAUAGGUCUGAUCCUGUAAGUUGGUAAAAUACGUUGUAGCUGGAAUUCACAGCCUUGCCAGAUCUCUUAAUGAAUAUGAGGGAACUGAUUUUUACAAAAAAGAAGAAACUUGAAAUAAGAAUGGUAACUUGGGGAUAAUUAAACAACUUUAUGGAUAUUGAACCCAUAAACUCCACUAAGUUUUUCUUGCUAGCGGGAGCAGCCAUGUGAGGUGAAGCUAUUCUGACCUCACCAAAGAUAGUUACCUUGCCAGGGGGUGCCGAUUUUCCUCAAUGUCUCUAGACAAUUGGAAUCACACUCUAGCAUAUCCCAGGGAACCAACUGCAAAGUCAAAUAUGGGAGAAUAAAAAUUGGAAGGUUUUGCUAAUUUAUGCAACAAAAGAUGGAGGAAUAUGUGGGAGAAUGGAUUCUGGAGGUGCUAGCUCAGAGAGGGAAGUGUAUAAUUUUAGAUUGGGCUGAAUUUUUUUAAUAGGUUCUCUUACUAGAUUUUGGGUUAAAUAUUCUGGUUUGAAUUUGCAACGACGUGGGUGGAACUGGAGGGUGUUAUGCUGAGUGAAAUAAGUCAAUCAAAGAAACACAUGUAUCAUAUGACCUCACUGAUAUGAAGAAUUCUUAAUCUCAGGAAACAAACUGAGU